CCCAGAUUCCAGGGUUUGUUUACUACUGCAUCCGUACAUAAUGGAUUGAAUCACUUGUUUAUAACAAAAUCAGAUUUGAAUUCAUUAUAUCAAAUCAUUUUAUAACAUCAGAGUAUUUAAUUAUAUAAAGUACUUUUCUUCGACUAAUCGCAAGAAAAUUUCAAGCUUUCUAUUGCUUAUAAUCAACCCUUGAUUGACCGUAGAGAAAUAUGGCCCAAAGCACCUUACCUGAAGUUCUCAGUUCAAUUACCAAUGCACCUGAAAAAACAACUAUUAUCGUCUUACCUCAAAUGGAACUAGGACCCGACCCAAUACAAAUACAAUGUGGUAACUGUCGCCAAACAGUAUUAACAAAAACUGUUCCAGUAAACGGUGCUUGUUCAUUCAUAUGUUCAAUAUAUAUCUGUUUUAUCUGCACCUGUUUGUUUUGGGUACCUUUAUGCGUCGAUGUCUGGAAAGAUGUUAGACAUCAAUGCCCAUUGUGUCAUGUGCAUCUUGGAACCCACAGAAAAAUAUGAAGAAAAAAACAAAGAAGGAGGAAAUAUACUUGUCAUUAUUACUUUUUCAUUUAUGAAAAUUUAAUAAGUAUUCCAGACGGAAAAUAAAACUCUUAAAUAGACUUUUAAAAGUAACGUUCCAUUCAUGUACGUCGUGUAACUGUGGAGGUCUGUGCAUGUAUAAUUACACCUAAACUUGAGUACGUACUUGUAAGAGAAUUAAAUAAUGGAGACUCUUAGAAAUGUCCAAUUAUUUAUGGAGAUAUCCAUAUAAAUUUACCUACUUUAAGUAACGUCUUAACCAUUUUCCUCUUAAAUUUUAUUAAGAACGAAGUUUUAAAAUCACAAAUAAUAAAAUUUUAUUGAACACCUACAAGUUUUUCGAUGUCACAUUCGUACAUCUUCAUCAGUAGGAGUAUAUA